GCCCAGACACUGAGAAAAGAGGAUCUCUCUGCAGCUCUGUUAUGAAAAAGUAUUAUAUUUAAAGGAAGGGGCAUAGAAUAAUACUAGGAGAUGAGGAUGACAUAAUAUGUUCCCUUUAAGGGCUGCUCAUAAAAUCACAGCAACUGAAGCUGGUUUUCCCAUCCAACUGCUUAUUCCAAUCCUUGAGACUUUUCCAAUCACAUUGGGUUGAAACAGAAGGAACUAACCUAAAACAGAUGCCAGAACCAUGCAAGCGAAUUAGCUUCCCCAGCUGUAUGCAGAAUGGGCAGGUCCUGAAGAGAUUGGACACACCAAGGCAAAGAGAGGCGGCGACUACUUUAUUCCGUCUUUUCUGAAACUGGCUACCUAGGGUGAUUGACAGUGGAGAAGGCGCACCCCUAGUAUCGGAGCCCUGGGAGGUUCUGCCUCCUGCUCAGUGUGAUCCAGCCUGUGGCUUCUAAAGUAUUGGGGUCCUGCAGAGGGACUGCUCUCCCCAAAUCUCCUCAUGUAGGGAGUCAUUCAUGUAGUGGGGAAGGGAUAUGUGGCACCCCACUCUGUCAGAAUGGCAAACGUCAGGGUGGCUCUGCGAGUCCGACCUCCCAGCAAAAGAGAGACUGCAGAGGGAGCAAGGAUAAUUUUAAAUGUUGAUGACAAAGUAGCAAGGAUUAAAAACAUAAGGCUGGACCAUAAAUCAGAUGGCUGUGGGGACGUUAGGGAACGCCUGAUGGAAUUUGGCUUUGACUCCUGCUAUUGGUCUGUUGAUCCAGAGGAUCCCAAAUAUGCUUCUCAGGAAGUGGUUUUUCAGGAUCUGGGUACAUUAGUCCUUUCAGAAGCCAUCAGUGGUUAUAAUGUUUGCCUCUUUGCAUAUGGACAGACAGGAUCAGGGAAAACCUAUACCAUGAUGGGGACACCAGCUUCCAUUGGUCUGACACCACGUAUUUGUGAGGGUCUCUUUUCUUAUGAUGAAGGUUCUCCUGAAGCUCCAAACUCCUGCAGGACUGAAGUCAGCUUUCUGGAAAUCUACAAUGAACGUGUCAGAGAUUUAUUGCACAAGUCUGAGCAGAAAAAGCCUUAUACUCUCCGCGUUAGGGAACAUCCAGAGAGAGGCCCAUACGUCCAAGGUUUGUCCCAGCAUGUUGUAACGAGUUAUGAACAAGUGGUCGCUUUGCUAGAGGAAGGCAUGGAAAACCGCAUUACAGCAGCAACCCACAUCCAUGAUGCCAGCAGCCGAUCCCAUGCCAUCUUUACUAUCCAGUAUACACAGGCCAUGCUAGAAGAUAACCUUCCCACAGAAAUCACAAGCAAGAUUAACUUGGUGGACUUGGCAGGAAGUGAGAGAGCUUCUCCUGAAUAUUGCAAAGACCGUCUAACUGAAGGCUCCAACAUCAACCGCUCUCUAGUAACCCUGGGCAUUGUCAUUUCUACUUUAGCUCAAAAUUCCCAAAUGACAAGUAGCUGCCAAAGUAUCAAUAGUAUAGCCAGUGAUGGGGACAGCGGCAGUCAGGGCAGCCCCUCUGGAGGCAGCAUGAAUGGAUCAAAGCGCCAGCCAUAUGUACCCUACAGAGACUCUAUAUUGACCUGGCUUUUAAAGGACAGUCUCGGAGGGAACUCAAAAACCAUCAUGAUAGCCACCGUGUCACCAGCGAGUAGCAGCUACAACGAGACGAUGAGUACUCUGAGAUAUGCGUCCCAUGCAAAAAAUAUUGUCAACAAACCUCGAGUCAAUGAGGAUGCAAACGUUAAACUGAUCCGAGAUCUCAGAGAGGAAAUUAACAGGUUAAAAAACAUGCUACAAAGUUUUGAAAUAAGAACCAUCAGCCCUUCCUUCAGUGAUGAAAAAGAUGGGAAUUUUACAGAGCUUGUCAAACAAAAUGAACUGAAGAUUGAGCAGCUCACCAAAGAUUGGACAGAGAAGUGGGGAGAUAAGGCAGCCAUCAUGGAGCAGUAUAAUGUGGAUAUUAACCAGGGGAAAGCUGGGUUGACAAUAGACUCCAAUUUACCUCAUCUCAUUACAAUGGAUGAUGAUAUUCUAAGCACCAGGGUAGUCAUUUAUCAACUAAAGGAAGGACAAACUAACAUUGGCAGAUUUGAUUCAGAACAGGAACAAGAUAUUGUGUUACAGGGAGAGUGGAUUGAGAGGGAUCACUGCAUGAUCCAUAAUUGCUCUGGGGCUGUAGAACUGCAACCAGUCCCAGGAGCCCAAUGUACAAUCAAUGGGCAAGAAGUCACAGGAUCCUGUCGGUUAUCACAAGGAGAUGUUCUUAUUAUUGGAAAAACCCAUCGGUUUAGAUUUAAUAACCCUGCCGAGGCUGCUGUAUUGAGGCAGAGGAGAUCUGACAGUCAGGUUUCUUUUGUAAGCAGCAACUCUUUAGAUUGGCUGGAUUUGUCUGGCAAUUUCUCCACUUCCACUAAUGAGAACCCACUCAUAUUAAACAGAAAAUUGGAAUCAGAAGAGUAUCAGCAAAAGCUUAAAGAUCUGGAAGGCUAUUAUCAGCAGCAGGUGCAACAACAGCAGCUUUAUGUAGAAGAUUUAAAGAAGCAAAUACAGACAUCUAAAAUCAGGAGCGAAAAGGAACUUGAACUUGAACAAUCGCUAAUUAACCAAAUCAUUGAAGAAAACAGGCAGUGGCUUGUUAAAGAAGAACAGCAGCUGACCAAAUCUCACCUUCAGAGGCGUGAUUCAUCAGCCCAGACUGAUCCCAAGCCCAUUGCAGAGGCAGAGGUUCAAAAUACUGCAGAGACUGAGAAUCGUCCAUCAGCAGCGGAACUGGACAGAAAGCGGCUGGUGCAGCGGGAGCUGUUGCGCAAGUGCUCCCUAAGAAGAGCUGAGAGAAACAUAAGGCGCAAAAGGAUCAAGUUUCAGCUAGAGAGAAUAAUUAAGAAGCAAAAGCUGCUAGAAGCCAAGAAGGAACUCCAGCAUUUGCAGGCUGUUUGUUGGAUUAGUGAGGACACUGUCAAGCAAUUGCAGAAUCUAGAUUCAGAUGGACCUGCUAAGGGCUUAACACAUUUCAGGCCAAGUGCAUUGCCACGUUCAUUCCAGACUCUUCCAAACCUCAGUAUUUUGAAAAGGAAUUGUGAGCCAGCUGUAUCUCUGCACAGUAACAAGCCAUCUAAUGAGAAGAAGCCACGGCGUGCUGUGUCUGUAGAAUGCCUCUCUUCAACCUGCUGUAGUGGAUUACAAAGCGAGACCCCAAAUGAUCACCAAUGCAUUGUACAAGGAGUAGAAAAGCGCCCAUUUGGUUCUAUUACAAACCAGAAUAAACAAAGCACUUAUGGAAAGUUUGUCUGUGCAUACACACAAAUGAGCAAAAAGCGGCAAAAAAUGGAUAAAACUGGUAGCAGAUCUAAAUCUAAAACCACUGAACCUCUAAAGAGAAGAAAUUCACGAAUACCCAUAGCCACUACAAACAGUGACACCAAAGUGAAAUCCUUUAGAAGUUCCCCUCAGCAGAGCCUGGAGAGCUGUAGAAAGAGCACUCUGCAAGAAAACAAAAACACACUGGAGAAGAAUGAAGCCACUGUGAAAAAAAAUACCAAAAGUAUUCCAAAAACCAUUACUUCUGGGAAAAAAACUGCUGGAAGGUCAACCAGCACUCUUAAAGCAUCCAAAAGAGAUGCAGAUUUAUGUUUGAAAAACAUUAAUAAGAAACCAGCAAAUGGACUUGCCAAAAUAUGUUCAUCUACUGACAGCAUUAAUACACUAAGCAGGCCUACCCCAACCCAUGCUAUUGACAAAAGGUGGCAAAGCACAGAAAGACUCAGUAGAGGCCUCCUAAAGCCAAAGGAAGUGCUCUUUGAAGACUGCAAAGAGGAAGAUGAAACUGGUUCUUCAGAGAGUGAAAGCUUUUAUUCUGUGGAUUCCCUUUCAUCUGCUUUUGGCAGUGCCUUAACUAAAGAUCUUAACUGGAAAAAGCUAGCAAUUAAAAAUGUUGCUUGUAAAAAUAAUUCAGAUAGUGAGGAUAGUGAAAUGUCCCAGGACUCCCUGGCAGAGAGAGGCACCAAAAGGGAGAAGCCAAAUAGAAGGAGGUUUAAUAAUUACAAGACUGUUCUCACACCUUGUAGUUCUUCUAAAGAUAUGGUGGAAGAUCCAAACCCUUUACCUCUAGUUAUGGGUACCUCCAUCACAACUGGACUUUCAAAAAGCUUUUCUCUUGAUAGUUUGGCUGAUGCAGAAGAUGUCCCUGAAAUGGAUUCAUCUGAAGAGAUGCCUGCAGAGAUCUUCUGGAAGCUACAAAGCCCUAGGAUCUCUGGAUUACAAACAGAAGAUCAGAACAAUAUUAGUUCCACUGAAGCAGAGAAUAGUUCUGACAAGGGACUCAGUAAUUCUUUUUACCUAAAUGUCAAUCCACUGUUUGCUUUGGAUUGUAGUGAUGCUGUCUUAAGUAAUAGGGAUGGCAUUAAUCCCCAGGCCCAAACCAAUAUGGAUGAUGUGGUAUCUGGGGAGUUAGAAAACAGUUGCCCUCCUGAUCUUGCAGCAAGUGCCCUUUGGGAAAGUCAAGACUGUACAAUUACAUCUGCAAAUAAUAAAUGUGAAGGUUCAACUAUUAUUUCAGAGACUGAACUUCCCAAUCAGGUAUCCACUAAAUAUUCUAUUAAAAAUAAUCAAUGUCCUGUUGAAGGAACUGUCAAGGGCAGUAGGGUAAACCUUCCGCUGCCAAAUGAGAAUGUUGAGCCAGAAACAACUGCACCUGAAUGCACCAAUGAGCAAAGAGAAAGUAAUUGUCAGAUUCUUGAUGCUGCUGCUAAUUCUGACUUUAAGGACUUACAAUAUCUAGGACCUUUAAAAGAUCAACUGAAAGCUGGAGAGAAAGUGGUAUUGAAGUGCUCAGUAAAAGAUGAAUCAAGGGCUUUGAAGGAUCCAGACAUUUGUAUAGGUCUCCCCACUGCAAACCAUGAGGAUACAUCUGGACCGACACCAGGCACUGGAAAACUGAAAGGCGGGAUAGUUAAAGAGAUACUUCCUACACGGCUGAAAAUCACCACUGUGAAUGCAAAAAAAUCUCCAAACAAAAUGAAAUUAACAAGGAAAGAAGACACAAAAGAAAUCAGGCUGCAAAUGAAACAGAGCAAUGAUCUGACUCCUGAUGUCAUUUGUAAUCAGAAAGAAAAAUGUGAACCAAGUACUUUGUCUUUUCAUGUCACUCAGGGAAGCGGGGAUACAAACCACUACAACUAUCAUACUACUGAGGGAACAUCUGAUCAGCAGGACAAGUAUGACACUGAAGUAGCAAAACCAAUGCCUAACUGUGAGCAGCUUAAGCACAUUGACAGUUUAGAGCCAUUAUUUAACCCUGCAGUAUCUAAUGUUUUAGAGGUGGAGGACCUGGACAGUCUAGAAAACCUGAAAAUGGAGCUUUCUCCUCAAAUAAGUGUGGAUGGUAAUAAAUUGGAAAAACCGGCUGAGCCUUGUGAACUUCAAAAAUUAAUCCCCUCAUCCUUCUAUACAUCACCCCAUAUAGAACUUGAUUUGAAUGCCAAUGAAGAAAACUGUAAAAAGUGUGGGAUUGAAAAUGAUGAAUGUGAUAAUGGUAUAACUGAAGGCAGAGAGUACCUCAAUGAAAGAUCAGGCAGCACCAGAGUAGAAGACAUAAUGAUGGUUCCAGAUAAUCAUUCUCAUUUUAAUGUUAAUCCUUGUGUCGAUAAAUGUAGGAAACAGCCAUCUCUGGCACAGGAAAAGAUCACACCAAUCGCUUCAGACCUGGCUUUAGAUGUAAAAAUAAAAAGAAACGAUUUGGAAACUGGUCAAGGCAGUGGUUUCACAGAAGAAGCAAUGGGAUCGGUACAGCAGAAUAUGGAAGACAACACACCAAGACUGCAUGAACCAAAGUCAACCAACACUUUGUUAUUAACCAACAGCAGGGACUUGACAUUCAAUCCAACAAAGUUGGCAAAUGAUAGUAAUUUUAUUACAAAUGUUAAUCUUAAGGAUGCUAAGAAGGAAAGUGAUAAAGCUGGUGAUGGUGUAAGCUUUGUAUCAGUUGAAAGUGACCAUUGUUUUACAAUUCCUUCUCCUGCUGCUUCCAGUGACACCUUAAACAGCAAUGUGUCUGGCACGGAGACAGUGUCACCAGCUCUGACUGACUCAGGUCAAAAGACUGUUAUGUUUCAGAGUACCUCUUCUUUUACGAAAAGUACAGGCAGCAGUCUUCUACCUAGCUUUAAUGAAGGAGCAUGUAUUCAGGUUGAUAAUAAUAUAAAAGACAAUACUUUUAGGCAAAGUGAUGCUGACAUGCUUUCACUUGUUGAAAAUAUCAGUAAGGAAAGGAGAGAAAGAGUCAUGGAUGGAGAAGCAGUCACCAAACCAAAAUUAUCUGAAGAAAUCAUGUUGCAAGUAACCAAUGAGCAAGUAAAUCUGUUAGCACCAGUUAAAAACCACUGUUCUGUGCCUGAACAAAUGACUGGCUCUAAGAAUGAGGACUGUGAAUUAAAAGGUAAAAAUGAAAAGGAGAAAUUUUCUGUGGAUGCACAGACAGAAAGUCCAUUGGAGAAGAUGGCCUGUUCCACUAUAAAGGGAGCAGUGGGAAUGGCUGACAGUAUGUCUUGCACACUUCAUGACCACAAUGGAUCACUCAGAUGCACCCACAGUUGGCAACACGAUUGCAUAAAAACAUCAGAGGAAAUUAUUGUAGAUGUUUCUGGAAGUCAUAGCUCCGAAAUUAAUGACAACUGCAGGCAUGAAAACAAUAUGGAUAAUCAAAGCUCUUCAGGUGACAAAGGUGCACUGUGGGCCAGUGUACCAAGAUGCCCCCUGUACCAAGAUGUCCAGCAUUUACCUGUCCAAACUAUCAGAGCAUCUGGUGAAAACACCGACAAUGAAAUAAACUGUAGAUCUAGUUCAACGUCUGUCAAUAGAAGCUACCAUACAGAAAAUGGUAGGAAUGCAGGUUUGGUCCUUCCCUACUAUGAAGCAGUAAUGCAAAAUGAACUAUUAAAUGAAGCAAAGAACAGUUCAGAUACAAUAUUCAAGUCUGGACCUUUUAUCAAGAAAAGUGAAGCUGGAAACAGCCCAGGUAGUUGCCAAAAAAGUAGUUCUGGUGCAAAAAGACUCGCCACACCACAUAUGCAACGUUCCAUACAGCUGGGCAACCAUAACACUUGUGUCAACCCUGCUAGUGAAACUAGCAUCCCUAACAUCCACACUGAUGCUAAACUUGCAGAGGCAGCAAAUGUACCAUGGAUUGCAAAUAAUAAUUCACAUUUUGUUCAUGGAAAUGAGUCUUGUGUACAUAAAACUCUGGAGCAGGGGGCGAGUUCACAAGAGACAGCUGAAAGCAUGUUGUUACUUUCCCAACUACAUUCAUUUUCUCCAUGCCCAGCUGGAAAUGUAGCAAAUGAACUGCUGUCUAAAACUAGUAAGCUUGAGCCUGAGAGUAGCAGCAAAUUAGGGUACUUUCAAAGCAGGACAGGAGAGAAAGGUUUAGUAUCCAGUUCAGUACCCUCUAAUGAGGCUUGCCACAAGGAGGGGAAGAGUCACAAUGUACUGGACACACAAAUGCCAUUUAUAAAGGGAGAGCUUAUCAGUGAGAACAACAGUGCUUCUGAAGAUCCCUUAGUAUAUCUAUUACAAAGUCCUGUAGCCGCUGGAGACAAUUUAGAGGUUGAAAAUAUUACAUACUUGAAGACCUAUACUGCUGAGUAUUUAUCUAAUGGUAAUACAGUUGAUCUCCAUAAUCACCUUGGACAUGAGCAGAAGGUAGAUCCAUGCACUUUAAUCAACUCAGAUAAAACAGUUAUAAGCUGUUCCACUUCAAAUGACCCAUCAUAUUCCAUAUCAUGUCAGACCCCAUUUAUUGUAUCUGUGUAUGAUGAGAAAAUGGCUGCAAAGGUGGAUCAGCCAGGAGAACAGAGAAAAAAGGUCAGAAAAGAGAAUUUCUGUGAAGAAGAUUCAAAUCCGGGUAAACAAAUGAUGGAUAUGGUAUCCCCAAACAAAAUGUAUAAUGUUGAGAUUAUUCGUACAGACCAAGAUUUAACUGGGGAAACCAAUGUUGGGGCUAGAGAUAACUCUGUAGUUGGGGCCACCUGUGAAGAAUUCACUUCCGACAGCAGCUCAUUACAUGAUGUACAUUUAGGGGAAGAUCUCAUGGAAGCCUCAAAAUGUCAUCUAAACCAGACAUGGUCUCCUGAAUACCAGCAAAUACACAGUGAGUGUGACAGUAAGGCCAAGGAGCAGUAUAUUGGAAGAGAUAGGAGUGUCUCAUUGCCAGCAACUUUAUGUGUCCCUUUAGACAAUUAUCAAUCUUCUUACCUGAAACUAGAACGCUCACAUGUAAAAGUGCCUGAGGGUCAUUGCUUGAGCUCCAGUAAAAGUCCAGGCACUGAACACCUACAGCCACCCAAACGCAGAUUAUCUAUUCCUACAAGCCACAGAAAUUUCAGUUGUACACAGUUAGCAUCUUCCACUUCAGAUUCACUAGAAUAUCUGAAUGCAUAUCCUACCUUUAAUCAGUCCAACAAUGCAGUUUCUCAUAUAAAAACAAUAUCCGUGGAGAAUGAGAUGAAACAAGCAGAAUCAAAAGCUAUGUACCAAGGGCAUCCACAUCACAUUGCAGCCAACAACUGGGGUUCUUCAAGUCUUUCCUCUAAUCUACCUCUAAGUCCCAACAGUUACCACAAUAGGGCUCUAGUCAGAGACCCAAAGGAAUCGCAGUCAGUAUUUAGCAGCAAUAUAUUUCAAGAAGUUCCAUCAGAGGCAGAGCAAUCAGGCCAAGUGCUGACAGAAAAUAAAGAAAAUAUGCACUUCUCAUCAAGUGACAUUAAUCCCUUUGUUCAUUCGUGGCAGCUAGAAGGGAAUGGGAAGGGCGGCUUGAAGCCGUGUGUAUUUAACAGCACAAGUGAUGUUUCUUGCAGUAAAUUCCAAGAUAAAAUAAUGAGAUGCUCCAGUGUUGCCGAAGGGUUAAACACCCAUGUUUCCCCUUUCCAUUCACAUCUGAGUUCAUAUGCAAAUGCUAAAAUGGCAUCUAGCACUUUAAGCAGCGCGGAAGACAUGCACAUCAGGAAUGACACAACACAAGAUUUCCAGUCAACCAAUUCACUAGACUGUUCUUCAUACUAUUAUCCUCUGUCAGAAGAAGCGGUUGCCUUAAACUACGACUGUGGACCUCAGCAUGACAGUUCAUACGAGUUAAAGCCAAAAUCUGAAAACGGGUCUAUGCAGGUAGAUGAAAUCAUGGUCUUGUAUACGUCUGAGUCUGAGACAUGCAACAAUGAUAUUAUAAAGGUGAAAUCAGAACAAGAAACACAAACAAAGGGGAGGUACCGAAGGUUAAAUCGACACCAGCGAAGUCAUACCGAUGUGUCAUCUAUAAAAGGUGCCAAGUGUAGAAACCAGAGGCCAGCUUCAUGGUCAAACAUGCAGAAUAUGUCGCUUCACUUAUCACAACUUUUGUACGAGACUUCUGAACUGCUUGGCAACAUCUCACAACAUGAUAGUGGCCAUAUUCACGCAGAUUCUACAGAAAAAGCUGUGACAAAGGCAAUGAGGGAUUCAUUCACCCAGACUACUGUAGAUAGAGGCAUUCAGACAGAUUGUCAGGUAUCCAAUUACAUGCAGAACAAGGAUGAUGAAAAGGAAAACCUAAGAUCAAAUAUAAUCGUUGCAGGGACAGGCUCCCAGACUCAACACCAAAAGAGCCAAGAGAAGCAAACUGCUCAUGAUGCCUCAAUCGCUAAGACUCAGUCUCUUCCAAAUUUGCAUGAUGUCAGUUCUUGUAAGCAACGUGAACCAUUGUACAGCUCAUCACAUGUAAGGACAUCAACACCAUUUCUGGCUCAUAUGCCUGCUGGUAUAUCUCCAUCAUCUUAUGCUACAAGGCUGUCUUCCUUUUCUCCUUUUUCAGAGAACCCCCCCAGUGAAGGCUCAUGUACAGAAGUAGGAGGUUCUGCACUUAGUGCCACUCAGACUUUAUACAAUAUUGAACACAACACUACAGAGAAACUGUCUGAAAGAUGUAAUGUGGGUGAAGGCACUGUUAUGGUAGAGAGAGCCACUUCACCCAUUCUAACACUUAAAGCUAGUAAAAAGUCCCUUCACAAAAACACAGUGGCUCCAGCUUUAAACAGCCAGAACAUGGUGAAAGUUCUCCGGCACCGAAGUACAAAAGAACAUGGUUCUUCUGAAACGGGAUCUGAUAGCGAAAAUUCCACUUCUCAGAGUAGCUCAGAAAAAGCAAACACAUUCAGACUACCGAGCAGCAGAGAGUCAGCAUGGAAAAGACUGAAAGAGGAUCAUAAGCGGCCAUACAGAUUCAAAAGUGAAGAUUGCAUUGUGAGAGAAGAGCAUCCUUUCCAACGUAACCGUUCCAGUAGCAUAUCUGAACUGUCCAGUAUUGGCAGGCCAUACAGUGACUAUAACUUGUUUACCUUAAAAAGACGAGAUAAAGGCGAUGGCACCUCAGCAACGGCUUUAAAUGCACAGCACCCUUUGGGAAGGUCUCCAUCUCUAGAAAACCUCUCCCCAAUCAAACAGCCAGCUCCAAACAAAAUCUCUCAGAGCAAAAGAUAUCCCACGCUUGAGAAUGAAUUUGAAAACUAUCCCAUACCUUCCAGCAAUUUGUUGUUGAAAGACAAAAGCCAUUCCAUGUCUAUAUUAGAAGCAAGUCAUUUCCAGGAGGAUGGACUUUCUUUUGUAGAAAGUGAAUGUAACACAGAUGUUCUUCUUAAUCCAGAUUCCUCCACUAGCACUAGCAGGAAAUCUCACAAUCACACGCUGCAGGGGUUACCAAUGCACAACAAGUUUAGCAACUGGUCUGGUGUUCAGUGUACUCCUUCCAGACUCUUGCCUGGGAGCCCUGCUAAUCCAAGCCUAAGAGACAGUCCUACUAAAACAGAAUAUUCUAUGCAAAAGGAAGAGCAAGAGCAUUCCCCUAUCACAGUGGAUGAAAGCAGGACUCGGGAGAUAGAGAUGUUGCAGAGGGAGCGUGUAGAAAUUAUGUCCGGGAUUCAUCUGGACUUGAACCUGCAGCCCCUCACUGUCCAGCUUGCAGAAGCAAAGCUCAGCUAUGGCAUUGGGGAGACAGACGCAUUACUAAGGGUUAUGCAGAAUGGAACAACUGAUGAUAAAAAAGACAUUACAUCUCUGAAGAAGCAACUCUAUGACAGGCACAUCAAAGUAAUUGAAGGCCUGAGAAAGGAAAGAGAGGACCGGCUUCAGAUUUUCAGAAGGAGUCGAAGCCUGAGUCCACAAAAACAACUGAGCGCAUCCCAGGGAUCUCUUACAUCCCUUCGGGAAUCAGACUUGCCGAGCCGUCGCAGGGAAUACCUACAGCAGCUGAGGAAAGAUGUUGUGGACCACACCAGAUUUCAAGAACCAAAGAGGGAGCCAGCUCAGUGUCCCUCUGAGAUUGAGCUGAUGCUGAAAGACUACCAGAAAGCUCGCGAGGAGGCAAAGAGUGAAAUAGCACGGGCACGGGAUAAACUCAGAGAGAGAGCUGAGCUGGAGAAGAAGAGACUGCAGCAGAGCUGUCUGAUAAAGGAAGAGACAAAACUGAAAUCCCUUAUGAGCACAAGCACUUUAUGCACAAGCUCCAACCUCAGCUUGUCCUCAGGGCCAACCUCUGGGUACAACAGCAGCAGCAUCACCGCUACACAGGACAAGAGAAGCCAUCAGGAUCUGAAAGAAACAAAGACUUCAUCACGAAGAAUGGAUCUUGCACCUGGAGCAUCGAGAGGCCGAUCAGCAGUCAGGAACGGUCAUCUUAUUUCUCUUUCCCAGAAGGAACCUGUCCCUGAUGUUACGUCUCAGAGCCGCACUCCUGCUGAGGAUAAAGCAUCAGUGGACAUAGCUCCUGCCAUAUCUAAUUCCAGCCAUGCCCCAUAUAGGUCAGGCCUUUCCCAUCCAGCUGUAUCGUACCAGGAUAUUGCCAGGCAGGCCCAGGCUACUGCUGUAACACAGAUAAUGGCGGCUUGCUGUGGUAACAUAAAGAACCUGUUUCAGUACCAGGCAGCAGCUGGGUGGAACUAUCAGUGUACUGAGCGUGAUGUACUGGUGUAUUACAAGGCUUUCCCAUCUUCCACUAAACAUGGCUUUCUUGGAGCCGGCGUGAUCAGAAGGCCGCUGCAUGAUGUCUGGGGUAUGGUGAAGGAUACAGAUACAAGGCACCUCUAUGACAAGUCUAUCCUUACAGCUCAGGUGCAUCAGAGAGUCGGCAAUAACAUUCAGCUUGUGUAUGUAAGAAGUGAUGUGUCACUUUGCUACCUGAAACAACCCAGAGAUUUUUGUUGCAUCACAAUGGAGUCCAAAGAGGGUGCAGGGUACAGCUUGUGCUUUCAGUCUGUCUAUAGUGAAUCCAUGCCUCGGCCAAGCAGUGACACCGUCCGAGGAGAGCUCCUCCCAAGCGCCUGGAUGCUGCAGCCGGACACCAUCAAUGGAGAAAAUGUCACCAGAGUAGUUUACCUAUUGCAGGUUGAUUUCGGAGCACCGGCUGUCCCUUCCAGGUUACUCAAAGUGAUCUCAAAACGCCAGCCCCUGGUGAUUGCCAGCUUAGCAAGGUUUCUGUCUGUGUGACACACACAGCAUUCUCUGCACUACUCCAACUGACCUGCAGCUGAGCAUAAGUCUGGCUCUAACCAUAUGUUUCAGGGAAAGCUCAGCUGUGAAACAUAUCAAUCUGUUUCAUCCUCACAUUGCUCUAUACAAUUGUAUAUAUAGAACAAAGCCUUCCGCCUUCUAUAGAACAACAAAUGGCAUUUUGCUCAGCAUUGCAGAGUCAGCCUGUGGCAGCUAUGUACAGAUUCAAGCAUGCAAGACAAUCAUACAUAUUUUGCUAUGUAGAUAUGUGAUAUCAACCCAAAGGUUCUUUAGCCAAGUCUGGGCCCCCAAAAUUCAAAUCUGGCAUGUUGGUUGGUAGGCAGGCCCUUAGACCUCUAUGCUGUUGUAUUUAAAGGACAAGUAAAAGGAAAAAAAACACUUACAUGAACAAUACAGCUAAAGGCCCCCAUACACGGGCCGA